CGCCGGCACUGCGCCCAAGCGCUCAGUCUGUUGUCAUCAGGCAAUCUGAUCGCACGUGUGUCGCAAUUCAUCGUACAGUCGUGCUCGAACUUAGUUGUGAAAAACUUGGUGUUUAUCUUUGAGGAUCGUGUUAUAUGCAGUGUUUGUGACGUUCAAUCAUAACUAAUGUGGAUUGUUAGUGCUCAUACAUUGAGAAACAAUAUCUGAUGGUUCUUUUGAAUAAUAACAUGAAAAUACAUGGUCGAUACUAAAUUGGAAAGACAUUAACAAUGACGAUUGACAGAGCUGGUCGGCCUCCAGCGCCGCGGCGGACAUCCACUUAUAGAAGCUACGAUGAACUCGGUAUAAUCGAUAGAGGGAAACCACUGAGGUACCGCCAUGGAGGCGUUGAGGACCUCUCUGGAUUAGAAUCGAACAGAGCCCAUAGAGCAUAUGACGCGCAAGAUCUUGACGACAUUACUGUCAUUAGUUCUGAAGAAAUACAAAGACCGAAGAGAAAGACAAUGGAAGGACUUGCGAAUGGUUUUAGAAGAACAUUUUCAGUGAGGAGCAGAAGGGAAGAACCAGAAGGUAUUCCAAUGGAUACAUUCAAGGUGAACGGAGAAGAAAGUUUCGCAACCGUGAGAGGCGCACCAUUUGGAAGGCGUAGAUCUUUGUCUAGAGAUCGUGGGUCGUCGCUUUUAGGCAGAAGUUCUUCAGAAGGAGACGUAAGAGUGCCGUUACCUCGAGCACCGCCAGCCAACCCUACGCCCCGGUUGCAUCGCUGCCUCCGCGCACUCGGCGGAAGCUGGAAAAACCUCCUAUUAUUGGGCGGAAUGUCACGAGGCGGCGGCGGCGCCGGCAAGACGGCGACCGCGAAACGGGUGCCGCCCCCCGCGGUGCCGGGUGACGCGUUCGGUACCCCGCAGCACAGGCACUCCGGGUCCAGCUUUGGGUCGCAGGGGUACGCGUCCUGCGAGGAGCAGCCGUACCCGCAGCCGCCGGACACGCCGUCACAUACUCGCGAUGACCACUCAGACUACGGGAGCACGGUAUCCGGGGUGUCCGGGGUGUCCGGAGCGAGCGGGAGCCUCGGCAAGAGCCCGGCUGGAGGCGGCACCUUCACGUUCCCGCCGCCUGCGCAGCCGCUCACGCACAAGGCGGCCGUGUACUAUCACCACCAGCUCGCGCUGAGCGAUGACCAGGGCAUUGAUAUGACACAGAGCCCCGGGCGGGACAGUCCAGGAUCCUCGUCCGGUUCCGCUGGGUCUGGGUCGCGGCACUCGUCCGCGUCGCUGGACAGCGGGCGCGCGUCCGGCCGGAUGCCGCACCACCACCACGCGUCCUGCCACUGCGGGGACACCGUAGACAGGGUGCGGGCCAUGAUUGCGCAGGGACUGCCGGACCCAGACAUAAUCCACGCGUGGCUAGCGGAUCUCCAAAUGGAGGAAUACGCCCGUCUCUUCAUAGAAGCGGGCUACGACCUCGCCACCGUCACGCGCAUGACGCCGGAGGACCUGACGGCGGUCGGCAUCAAGAAGCCGAACCAUCGGAAGCGGUUAAAGGCGGAGCUGGCCAACCUGAACGUGCCCGAUAACCUGCCGGAUUAUAUACCGGGCUCUCUCGAAGAGUGGCUGCGACUGCUUCGGCUGGAGGAGUACGGGCCGGCGCUGGUCGCGCAGGGGUACCGCACCGUGCAUGACGUCACGCAGCUAGCUUGGGAGGACUUAGAAGACAUGGGUAUAGUAAGGCUCGGUCACCAAAAGAAAAUACUGUUGGCUAUUAAAAGAGUUAAGGAUAUCAGAGCUGGCAAAAGAAGCAUCAGUAGCCAAGGGUCCCUGGAUUUCACAAGACUGCAGCCUGGACAGGAUUUAUAUCCGAGGGAGCAAUACCAGCAUUGGGAGAGACACGCAAGGAGUUACCAUAAACCCCCCGAUCUAAACUUUGAUGCUCUGCAAACGCCCCUAUGUGGCACUGACUUGGUCCCCAUCCAGAUACGCCAUCCACGCGGGAAAUCGUUGGAAAGCCUAGAAGACCCGUCCGAGAGGACGUCGCACACAACAUUCUCGCCGGAAGCCGGUUUCUACUACGGGGGACAGUGGCGGCGUUCAUACGACGACGGGGACAUAACGCCAACAAACGACAGCUCAUACGAAGGCGGGGGCACGCUGCCCCGACCGCGGGGCUUGGUCAGACCGCGUCCAGUCGCCAAGAUCCAAGCGACGCCCGCGUACAGGGACAAGUCGCCGGACUACACGUACGACGAGAUCGCGUACUCGGCGCGGCUGCAGCGCGUCGCGUACGGCGCGAGCCCGCACGUGGCGCGCAAGCCGCCGCCGGAGCCGCCCAAGCGCCAGAGCUCCCAGUACGCGCCGUUCACGCGCUUCGGCCAGACCACGGUGGAGAUACACCCGGAGAAGAGCCUGCCGCUCAGCCUGCCCGCCUACCCCAGCUCGGACUCGCUCAGCGUGUCGCUGGACAGCACGGGGCUGCUGCCGCCGCCGCCCGCGCCCUCCUCGCCGCCGCGGCGGUAUGAAGAGGACAAGAUGAGGACCGGCUCGGAUGCUAGCUUUAAGUCGAGCUCCAGCACGGAGUCGGACAGCAUUCCGUUCGCGAACGAGAACGCGGGGACGAUAAAGCAGAACCGCGGCCAGAUAGCGGGGCGGCCGCACGGCGACUACGGGCGCGCGGGGCUGGCGGGGCUCGGGGGGCUGGCGGGGCUGGGGGGGUUGCCGCCCCGCGCGCCCGCAGACAAGCCCGCGCACCUGCCCGAGCACAAGGACGAGAACAAGAGCACGGAGCCGGUGGACGUUCUGAACGACAUAGGCAACAUGCUCGCGAACCUCACGGACGAACUCGACGCGAUGCUGGAGGAGGAGAAGCGCCAGGGCCUGACGGAUUCCUAAAAUUUCGUGGACGCUAGUGGAACGCACUCGAAUAAAUUACGUUUAGGCGGACGACGGAUUCCAAAGAGCUGUUAUGAUCGGUUGACGUUUCGAUGUGACGUUGGCAGGAGUAAACGUAGAGUGAUGUUUGCUGUUGCCAGACGUAAAAAAUCCAUUGAAGUGAAUUAAAUCCAAUAUCUGUUUGUUCAAAUCGCGCAGUGCUUAACGUGCUUGGUCAUUUGCAAUAGGCUUGCGUUUAAUUUGUACUACUAUGCUGCGAUCACUGCCCCUCUCCGUCGCAAGCUCUUUAAAUAAGACUUAAUAAACCUUCAUAAAAUAUUUGUCUAUGGACAAAACAUUUUUAUCAUAUCAUGACACAUGAGCCAUAAAACUUCCAACAUUCAAUUUAUGUAAUAUUGUAUUGUAUACACGUAGAUUUGUGUAUUUUUAUCAAAAUGUUCAUGCGUAUUUAUGUUUUGAAUUGGUGUUUUAUGUAAUUAACAUUACUUAAUGUAUUUUAUUUAUAAAUGUUAUGUAGUUCCUUAUUUAAGCAUUAUCUGUGGUUUUUAUUUUGUGUUUGGUGGAAUAAAGAUAAUUGUAGUCGGGUUCAAAAGCAGAUAAAUGGCUAUUUUUGUAAAUAAUUUUACUUAAAUUAUGUCAUAGAUAAAAUAUAUCCAGUAGCUAGUUUUCCAUGUACAAUAAAAUUGUAGAAUACUUGAUAUAACGUAUCUAGGUGAUUAGUUAGAAUUUAUACAAAAUGGUAGCUCUAGGUUAUAGUGUGAAAUGUAGAAUUUCAUCAGUGAAUGUAAAAUAGGACCUUCAUCUGUACUACGUUAUUAUAUUAUAUCAUUGUAUGUUACAUUAAUUCGUUUAAAAAAUCAUUUAAUUGGAUAUCUAACAGUAUCCCUUGCUAAUUAAUGAUGAUCAGUGUAUGGACACAGAUAACGUACAAAUAUUAAAAUACUAAGAAAAUAAUUCACUGCUUUCGCGGUAUUUUUCGCUUGCUACAAUUCAUAUUACCAUACCUAACGUUAAACAAACAAAAUUAUUUUCGAUUUCAACAAUAUUCUGAAUGAGAAUCAUGAUCUCUGUAUGUAUAACAGAUAAUGGCUUAACGUGAUAUUGAGAUGCCAUAAAAUAUUCUGUAUAAUACAUUUGUGACUGUACUUCUAACAUACCUAUAUAACAUUAACACACCUAGAUGUAUAUAAUUCAACAAAUAUUUAAUUUCCAAGAAAAAAUAAACAAUAUUUGUAAUUUUAUACGCAUAGAUGCCGGAAGGAGAAAUAAUGAUCUACUGUUUAUGGCAUUUACAUUGAGGCAGAGUUCAAAUAAUUAAUAAUUAUACACAAUAAAAUAACCCGUAUUUAAUAUCAACAAUUUGUACAUUGUCUCAGUGCAUUGCCUGUUAUAUGUAAUUUAGCAAUCGAAUGUAGCGCAUAUUUUUAUUAGCUUUGUACUGUAAAUAAUAGAAUCAGUGUUUCUACAUCCUUUGAUACCUAACAAUUCGUAUUUAGAAAUUUUGUAUACCUAUCUGUAAUGAGCCGGCCGUCGCUCACAUUCAUAGAAAGGUGCUAGACUUUUGGCAAUUUUGAAAUAAAUUUAGGAUCCCUUUUAUGUUUAUUUUUUGUUCAUUGAACUUCCUAGUCAAAAUUUACUGAGUGGCGGCUUUAUUAUUUCAUGUAUCAUAAUUUACAUUUUAGUUUUUAUAUGAUAAUUAAUUAUUCUUUACACAGCUGUCUCUUAUUUUAUA